AUGUACGCCCGCCCACCACCGCCCGCGCCGCCGCCGCCGCCGCCGCCGUCGUCCACGCCCACGCCGACUCCCGCUCCCUCGCGCGCCGCCAACGGGCUGCCGGCUCCCUCCCCCGACGCCGCCGCCACGGCCACUCCCUCAACCACGCCUGCACCCGUCCCCUCGCCCACCGACUACCGCCCUCCCUUUGCCUACGACGACCCGGCUGCGCGCCUGCAGCUGAUGCCACCGCCGCCGCCGCACCACCACCACCACCACCAACAACAACAACAACAGCAACAGCAACACCACCGCGCGCCGCCCUACACGCCCGUCUCCGCGCCCGUGGCCAGUCCCUACGACGCCGCCGCCGCUGCUGCCGCCGCCGCCUACUACUACAGCCAGCCCAGCGGGCCGUACGGCCAGCGCCAGCGCCGCACCACGCGCGCCCAGCAGGCCUGCGACCAGUGCCGUGCGCGCAAGGCCAAGUGCGACGAGGGCCGGCCGUCGUGCGGCCACUGCAAGGAGAGCAGCGUGCAGUGCGUCUACAAGGACGUGCCGCCGCACAAGCACGAGCGCUCCACGCAGAUCCUGCUCGACCGCCUGCAGCAGAUCGACGACCGCUUCAAGGACGCCGACCUCCCCGCCGACAAGCUCGACCGCGUGCUGCAGCUCGUUGCCGCCCAGAACGAGAAGCUCGACGCCCUGCUCGGCCGCGCCCCCGCUGCUGCUGCUGCUGCUGCUGACUUGAAGCCCGCGCCCGCUGACGCCGUCAAGCAGGAGCACCAUCACCAGCACCACCAGCAGGCUGCCGACCUGCAGGUCGAGCCCGACGACGAUGAGCUGUCCAUCCCCAUCGAGCACACCACCGCCGCGCACAAGCUGCUGCUGUGGCCGUCCAUCCAGAAGCUGCUGCCCGACCGCAUCGACGACGACUAUGUCAUGAAGCUCGAGGAGGCCCGCGGGCCCAUCCGCCCCUACGGCCGCGGCGAGGGCACCGCCAGCGCCCGCCGCGCCAGCAGCCAUCACCACCACCACCACCACCAGCAACACCCACACCACCUCGCCUACCCGCUCAGCCCCGUCGUCAGCGCCGCCAGCCCGCGCGACGACGACCUGUUCCACUUCUGCGGCGCCGGCUGGGGCACCGGGCUCGAGAUCUACCGCCCCGACUCCCGCGCCCGUCUGCCGCCCGACCGCCAGGUCGGCGGCCGCAACAGCCGCGGCGCCCUGGACCUCGACGCCGCCGUCGUGCACGCCUGCCACCAGAGCUACCUCGACAACAUGCACAUCCUGCAUCCCUUCCUGCGCGCCGCCGACCUCGCCCUCAGCGUGCGUGACUUCGUGCACGCCUACAGCCCGCCCCCCGCCAACCCCCAUGCCUCCCCGGCCCCCCCCCCCGCCGCCGCCGCCGCCGCCGCCGCGACCGCCCUCCACCGUGCCCCCAAGCGCAAGCGCUCCCUCGAGCUGGCCCCCGGCUACACCCACAGCGCCGCCAGCGCCGCCCACGCCGAGCUGGCGUCGCCCGGCUCCGACCACAGCAGCACGCUCCUCGCGUCCGCUGCUGCCUGCCCGCCCAUCCAGCGGUCCAUGGACAACGCCAUCGUGCUGCUCGUGCUGGCCCUGGGUGCCAUCUGCGCGUGGAAGAGCGAGCUGCCCGGCCCGCUGCCCGACCCAGCCGCCGCCGCCGCCGCUGCAGCCGCCAAGCUCCCGCCGUACCGCAGCUCCGCCGUCUCGCCCGUGUUGGCCGACUCGGCGCUGCACGUGCACCACGCCGCCGCCUUCCGCUCGCCCACCGCCGCGCGCUCGCCCAACAGCACCAGCAACAGCAACAGCAACAGCAACAGCAACAGCAACAGCAACAGCAACAGCAACAAUACCACGAAUAAUACGACGCACGCCAAUGCCUCGCAGCAGCAGCAGCAGCAGCAGCAGCACUGGCGGGCGGGCAGCGCCGACUACGCCGACCCCAGCCUGCGCAACAUGGACGUCGUGCCCGGCAUGGCCUACUACGCGCUGGCCACGGACAUCCUGGGCAACCUGCAGGGCGGGAAUGACCUGUCGCACGCCCAGGGCUGCCUGCUCGCCGCGCUGUACACCGGCCAGCUGGCGCAUCCUUUCGCGAGCCAUGGCUGGAUCAGCCAGGCCGCCCGCGCCUGCCAAGUCCUCGUGCGAGCACGAAGCUUCGAGGUGAUGCCCGAUGGCGCGCGCAAAGAUCUCAUCACGUUUGCGUUUUGGACGUGUCUGCAGCUGGAGAGUGACAUCCUCGCGGAGCUGGACCUGCCGGCCAGCGGCAUCAGCCGGCUCGAGGGCCGCAUGGAGUUCCCCAAAGCCGUGUUCGCGCAUUCCAUCCCCAACGAGCUCGAGGCGCCCGACACGCUGAUGAUGAUGUACUACUCGGCCCAGAUCCACCUGCGCAAGGUCCUCAACCGCGUGCAUACGAACCUGUACAAGACCGAGAAGACCAGCACGGGCGAGAAGCGCACCAAGUGGUCGACGCGCAUCCAGGAGCUGCUCAACGACAUGCUGGAGUCGUGGCGGCGCGGGCUGCCCAAGGCCAUGAAAUGGGACGACUGCGAGCCGCCGGCGCGCGACAUCAACAUCGCGCGCAUGCGCGGCAAGUACUACGGCGCCCGCUACAUCAUCCACCGCCCGCUGCUGCACCACGCCCUGCACCCCAUCGCCCCCAAGGCCCUGCUGGCCACCACCGCCCCCGCCGAGUCGCCCGCGCCCUCCGUCGUCUCCAGCUGCUCCAACCCGCACAUCUCGCCUGCCCUGGCGCAUGUGCAGCAGGUCGACCUGGCCACCGCCGCCGCCGACCAUCGCUGGGCCGCCGACAUGCCGCCGCCGCCGCGAAUCGCGUCCGCCACCGGCCAGGACGCCGCCGGUCCGCCGCCAUCAUCAUCAUCAUCAUCAUCGUCGCAGCAGCAGCAGCAGCAACAGCAGCAGCAGACCCAGCCACCGCAGUCGCCGCUCCCCGGCACGCCGUCGCAGGGCCCGCCGUUCGAGAAGGACCUGGACAACAAGCUGCACGCGGCGUGCGUGACGUGCAUCGAGGCGGCGAUGCAGAGCACCAUCGCCUUCGACAACGUCGAGGGCCGGCCGAUCGUGACGAACAUCUUCGGCACGGCGCACGCACAAUUCGGCAACAUCCUCGUGCUGGCGGCGACGUACACGUCGCGGUUCUCCAACUUCGUGGACCGCGAGCGGCUGCGCCAGCUCAUCGACCGCACCAUCAAGUUCCUGCUGCAGGCGCGCAACAUCUCGCCCAGCCUGCUCAAGGACGCCCACAUCCUGACGCAGAUCCGCUACAAGCUGUUCGACCAGCAGGCCACGAAUAAUAGUACCAAUACCAAUGCUGCUACUAAUCACAGCUUCUCGUCGAAUGACGGCUGA